CCCCACAGCGCAAGUGGCUCAUUACUACAAACUCGUGUGUUACCACUUCGCCUGCUCCUCGAAGUACGGUCAGAGAUCAUGGUGACCGCAACACUGACACGCCGAUCAGGACACUACCCCUGUUUCCUGUAUCCAUAGGAUAAUCUAUAAGCCAGGUCAAACAGAGCUAUGCAAAAACCUAAGCUACGGUCGCUAUGGAAUACACUAUGAACGUGUCUUGACGUCGUCUACCCCAUUGAAAAAAAUGAAUGCUUACUUCACCGCGAGCCGUGAGUCGGGACGCUGUGAACUAAGCCACCAGGACAGAACGACUGCUGUCUCGUGGUUUAAGGGUGCAAUUCUCAACAGGCCAGGGUGGCUGGGAGCCAUAUCCCAGAAUGCGGAGAGUUUGUUGGAAAUUUCCGUGUAUGUUUGGAGCGUGCUUGUUCUGUGUAAUACUUUAUGAUCGCAGUGAAGUGUUUCCAACAGAAGAGUAUUUUAUUCCACGUAAGGAAAUACUUAACCGACUGAACUAUGACGUGUUGCUCUCGCCCGCACACAACUCGUGCUCUCUGGCCGUUGACUUGCUUGUGUUUGUGCUGUCUGUCGUUAAAGACAGGGAGAAAAGAAGCAGCAUCCGCAACACAUGGGGCCGAGUUGACAACACGUGGCCUUUGGUCAAUUUCGGACGUUCUGUGAAGGUAGUAUUUCUGUUCGGAGUUGCUCCAACACCCGAGGAAAACCUAGAGCUAAAAUCCGAGUCUCGAAUGCACAAUGAUGUCCUUCAGAUAAACGUGACGGAAUCCUAUUUCAUACCAACACUGAAGAUCAUGAUGGCUUUUAAAUGGAUGAAAGAGAGAUGCUCCAAAGUGAGGUAUGUCAUGAAGACGGAUGACGAUGUGUUUGUAAAUUUGCCGUUCAUGAUGGAGCGAGUUGAAAGCAUAAAUGGACGUUUUAUUCUCGGUGAUAGACUUCCACGUGCACUCUGUCACAGAUCUGGAAAACACACCGUGUCUCCUAAAGAGUACCCGUUUGUGUUCUACCCGGCAUAUUUGAUUGGAUACGCUUACAUCAUGCCUGCUGAAGUGACUUUGGCGAUGCUAAAUGCCUUCUACCGUAUGCCCUUUCUAAAAAUCGAGGACGUGUACAUUGGGGGGAUACUGCCCCGAGCGACGAGAACCUCAGUGCUGCAGAUUCAUCCCUCUUGGUACGAAAAUGGUCAAAAGGUAGACAUUUGUGAUUUCUCACAGAACAAACUGAUAGCUGGUGCCAAUAUUGAUAAUAACACUAUUUUUAGAAUUUGGCAAACCUUUAAAGAGCCAUGGCGUUGUAGAAAAUAAUUUGAUUUUACAAGCAAUGAUUCUGAGGAUCUAGUCACUCUCGGCGGACCAAGUGGUUACAAUAACGUUCAUUGGUUGUGCCGCAAUAUCACAAUAUCGUAAUUAAGGCAGUACCUAUAUUUCAUGUGUAACUUAUUUUGCGUGAAUUCGUUUGGCUAAUAUAUUCUAAUAAAUUGUCACUGUAACUGCGAACGUUGUAACCACUAGCUUUACCAUCACGUAUAACUGUGUGAAUGUUUUAGUAAUAUUGAAAACUGACGUCCAUAUUAAAGCCUCCGUCCACAUUAUGUAUGUAUGACGUAUAGACAGUUAUGAAAGAAUUGUGAUUCGAUUACCUAGUGUGUCAUGUCUCUAUUGAUUUUUUUAUAUGGCGGAAUAAUGUAUUGUUAAACCAUGUUAUUCUGGAUAAAGAUUUAAACGGAA